UUUUUUGGCGUUUUCAUUUUGUUGCUCUAUCUCUCUCUCUCUCUCUCCUUAGACUCAGCGAAGAUCUCUCUGCUGGUCUCGUGUACUUGGAUGAAUAUGCAGGCGAGCCGGGAUGUUUACCAAUUCUGCCGAUAAUUAAGGGUUUCAUCUCUCCAUCUAGGGUUUCUUCUCUGAGUGUUAGAUUUGUACUUUGUUGUGCAAUUCUUCUUUGUUCGCCGAAGAUGAUAUGUGAAGAAGUUUUGAAGGCUGUUUUCCCUUUACUGGAGGGUGUGGACCUUGCUUCUUGUAUGGCAGUGUCCAAGCAAUGGAGAAGCUUAGCUCAAGAUGAUUACUUGUGGAAAUGCUUAUGUGCCAAGAGAUGGCCUUCGAUCUGCAAGAGACCUAAUCCUCCCACUGUAACCUACUACAAGUUAUAUCAAACUUUCUAUAAACGCCAGCAUUGUCGAACUCUUCUCCCUCCAAGACUUUCCUUUGAUGAUUUAGAAUUUUUUAUUGACGUCUGGACCGAGGAUCGAUUAAUCUUCUCAGAAGUGGUUCCGGGCCCUGUUCUACAGACUGGUAUUAAGAUUCCACCAGCUGGAAUUUGUGAUAUGCUUAGGUUUCAUCUCGAGGGCCCUGAGUACAAGAUGACUCUACCAGUUGAGCCAAGGUUCAAAGUUCCUCUGAGCCAGACUGUGAGUGUUUCAGUACUUGUGGGGCGCAAGGAUACCAAUAAGGUUGCUUGCAUUAUAAAUAAAUCUAUGUUUGAUUAUAUUGAUCGGACAGCAUUUAGGGCUCUGGCGUUUGACUACCUUGACUUUUCACCUAUAUAUUACUUCAUUUCGGGUAUCCGCGCAUGGAUCUCCCUGCUUUUCAUGGAAGAUGGAAGUGACUCUGUCAUUGAUGUUUUUGGGAUUGAAAUGGAUUUCUGUGAUGCUGCAAACUCCAAGGAAGAGGUUUUAUGGCUAUUGGAUAUGCUUGACUGGAGGUGAAAGGUUGAAUUCAUGGAAACAAAGAACCACUUAACUGGAUAUGCAUCUCUUUGGUUCUUUGGAAUAAGCAGUCUUUGAAUUGUGGCAACUUUGGCACAAAGACUGGGCAAAAUCAUUUUCGUUUUCUUGUGUUCCUGUAUGUUAUUGUCUGUACAUACUAUUUUUAUUCGUUAUCGCCAAUAAAUAUGAACUUUAUUGUU